ACAUCAGAACAUCAGAAUGGGAGAUAAUGCAUUGCUGCUUGCAGUCCAGUUUCUCUGAGGAAAAGAGUAAAUAAAAAACAAGAGUCACAGGAGAGUCUUCAUUCCACAAGAGCUCCAGGAACCAUGCUGGAGAAGUUCUGCAACUCUACAUUUUGGAAUUCUUCAUUCUUGGAUAGCCCAGAAGCGGACCUGCCACUUUGUUUUGAGCAAACUGUUCUGGUGUGGAUUCCCUUGGGUUUCCUUUGGCUCCUGGCUCCUUGGCAGCUUCUUCGUGUGUAUAGAUCUAAGAUCAAGAGAUCUCCUAUAACCAAACUCUACCUCGCUAAGCAGGUGCUUGUUGGCUUUCUUCUUAUUCUAGCAGCCAUAGAGCUGGCCCUGGUACUCACAGAAGACUCUGGACAAGCCACAGUCCCUGCCAUUAGAUACACCAAUCCUAGCCUUUACCUGGGCACAUGGCUCCUGGUUUUGCUGAUCCAACACAGCAGGCGAUGGUGCAUACAGAAGGAUUCUUGGUUCCUCUCCCUAUUCUGGAUUCUCUCAGUACUCUGUGGCGUUUUCCAAUUUCAGACUCUGAUCCGGACACUCUUAAAGGACAGCAAUUCUAAUCUGGCCUAUUCCUGCCUGUUCUUCAUCUGCUAUGCACUACAGAUCCUGAUCCUGAUCCUUUCAGCAUUUUCAGAAAAAGAUGCCUCCUUAAAUAAUCCAUCAUUCACAGCCUCAUUUCUGAGUAGCAUUACGUUUAGUUGGUAUGACAGCAUAAUUUUGAAAGGCUACAAGCAACCUCUGACACUUGAAGUUAUCUGGGAUGUCAAUGAAGAGAUGAAAACCAAGACACUGGUCAGCGCGUUUGAAAAACAUAUGGUAGGAGAGCUGCAGAAGGCCAGGAAGGAACUCCAGAGACGGCAGCGGAGGAAGUCCCAGGGGAACACUGGAGAUGGGCUGCAUGGAUUGAACAAGAAUCAGAGUCAAAGCCAAGAUAUCCUUGUCCUGGAAGAAGUUAAAAAGAAAAAAAAGAAGUCUGGGACAACAGAAAACUUUCCCAAGUCCUGGUUGGUCAAGGCGCUCUUCAAAACUUUCUACGUCAUACUCUUGAAAUCAUUCUUCCUGAAGCUGGUGCACGACCUCCUCAUGUUUCUGAACCCUCAGCUGCUGAAGUUGCUGAUCUCCUUUGCAAAUACCCAAGACAUGUAUGUGUGGACCGGGUGUCUCUAUUCAGUCCUCUUCUUUGUGGUGGCCCUCGUGCAGUCUUUCUGCCUUCAGGGCUACUUUCAAAUGUGCUUCAUGCUGGGCAUCACUGUGCGGACAACCAUCAUGGCGUCCACAUACAAGAAGGCGCUGACCCUAUCCAACCAGGCCAGGAAGCAGUACACUGUUGGAGAAACAGUGAACCUGAUGUCUGUGGAUGCCCAGAAGCUCAUGGAUGUGACCAGCUACCUUCAUCUGCUGUGGUCAAAUGUUCUCCAGAUUACUUUAUCCAUCUACUUCCUAUGGGCCGAGCUAGGACCCUCUGUCUUAGCUGGUGUUGGGGUGAUGAUACUCCUAAUUCCAGUUAAUGGGAUACUUGCCUCCAAGAGCAGAGCUGUUCAGGUAAAAAAUAUGAAAAAUAAGGACAAACGGCUAAAGAUCAUGAAUGAAAUUCUCAGUGGGAUGAAGAUCUUGAAAUAUUUUGCCUGGGAACCUUCAUUCAAAAACCAAGUUCAUGGACUUCGGAAGAAAGAGCUCAAGAACCUGCUGACCUUUGGGCAGAUGCAGUCCGUGAUGGUGUUUCUCUUAUACUUGACUCCAGUCCUGGUGUCUGUGAUCACGUUUUCAGUUUACACUCUGGUGGAUAGCAAUAAUAUUUUGGAUGCAGAAAAGGCCUUCACCUCCCUCACCCUCUUCAAUAUCCUGCGCUUUCCCCUGAGCAUGUUUCCCAUGGUAAUCUCCUCCAUUCUCCAGGCCAGUGUUUCCAGAGACCGGCUAGAAAAGUACUUGGGAGGGGACGACUUGGACACCUCCGCCAUUUGCCGGGACUGCAAUUUCGACAAAGCUGUGCAGUUUUCAGAGGCCUCCUUUACCUGGGACCAGGACUCGGAAGCCACAAUCCAAGAUGUGAACCUGGACAUUAUGCCAGGCCAGCUGGUGGCUGUGGUGGGCACUGUGGGCUCUGGGAAGUCAUCCUUGAUGUCAGCCAUGCUGGGAGAAAUGGAAAAUGUCCAUGGGCACGUCACCAUCAAGGGCACCAUAGCCUAUGUCCCCCAGCAAUCCUGGAUCCAGAAUGGCACCAUAAAGGACAACAUCCUCUUUGGAUCCGAGUUCGAUGAAAAGAGAUACCAGCAGAUUCUGGAGGCCUGUGCCCUCCUGCAAGACUUGGAAGUACUGCCUGGAGGAGACCUGGCUGAGAUUGGAGAGAAGGGUAUAAAUCUCAGUGGGGGUCAGAAGCAGCGGAUCAGCCUGGCCAGAGCUACCUAUCAAAAUUCAGACAUCUACGUUCUGGAUGACCCCCUGUCGGCCGUGGAUGCUCAUGUGGGAAAACAUAUUUUCAAUAAGGUCUUGGGUCCCAAUGGCCUAUUGAAAGGCAAGACUCGACUCUUGGUUACGCAUAGCGUUCACUUUCUUCCCCAAGUGGAUGAGAUCGUGGUUCUGGGGCAUGGCACCAUCUUGGAGAAGGGAUCCUACAGCUCUCUGCUGGCCAAGAAAGGAUCGUUUGCUAAGAUUCUGAAGACAUUCACAAAACAGACGGGUCCUGAGGAAGAGGCCACAGUCAAUGAGGACACUGAAGAAGAUGAUGACUGUGGGCUGAUGCCCAGUGUGGAGGAAAUCCCUGAGGAUGUGGCCUCCUUAACCACAAAAAGAGAGAACAGCCUUCAUCGAACACUCAGUCGCAGUUCUAGGUCCAAUAGCAGGCAUUGGAAAUCCCUAAGAAACUCUUUGAAAACUCGGAAUGUGAACACCCUGAAGGAGGAAGAAGAAACAGUGAAAGGACAAAAAUUAAUUAAGAAGGAAUUCAUACAAACUGGAAAGGUGAAGUUCUCCAUCUAUCUCAAGUACCUAGGAGCAAUAGGAUGGUAUUCAAUAUUCUUCAUCAUCUUGGCCUAUGUGAUCAAUUCUGUGGCUUAUAUUGGAUCCAACCUCUGGCUCAGUGCUUGGACCAAUGACUCUAAAACCUAUAAUGGCACUAACUAUCCAGCGUCUCAGAGAGAUCUGAGAAUUGGCGUCUAUGGAGCUCUGGGAUUCGUGCAAGGUGCAUUGGUGCUCAUAGCAAAUCUCUGGAGUGCCCAUGGUUCCACUCACGCAUCGAACAUCCUUCAUAGGCAACUGCUAAGCAGUAUCCUUCGAGCACCCAUGAGUUUCUUUGACACAACACCCACAGGCCGGAUUGUGAACAGGUUUGCUGGGGAUAUUUCCACAGUGGAUGACACCCUUCCCUUAUCCUUGCGCAGCUGGAUAUUGUGCUUCCUGGGAAUAAUCAGCACCCUUGUCAUGAUCUGCACGGCCACUCCAGUCUUCGUCAUCGUCAUCAUUCCUCUUGGCAUCAUUUAUGUGUCUGUUCAGAUAUUUUAUGUGGCCACUUCCCGCCAGCUGAAACGCCUGGACUCUGUCACCAGGUCCCCAAUCUACUCUCACUUCAGUGAGACAGUGUCAGGUUUGUCCAUCAUCCGCGCCUUUGAGCACCAGCAGCGAUUUCUGCAACACAAUGAGAUGCAGAUUGACACCAACCAGAAAUGUGUCUUGUCCUGGAUUGUCUCCAACAGGUGGCUUGCAAUUCGUCUGGAGCUGAUUGGGAACCUGAUUGUCUUCUUUUCAUCCCUGAUGAUGGUUAUUUAUAAAGAUAACCUAAGUGGAGACACUGUGGGCUUUGUUUUGUCCAAUGCGCUUAAUAUCACACAGACCUUGAACUGGCUAGUGAGGAUGACGUCAGAAAUAGAGACCAACAUUGUGGCUGUUGAAAGAAUAAAUGAGUACAUAAAAGUGGAAAAUGAGGCACCCUGGGUGACUGAUAAGAGACCUCCCCCAGGUUGGCCCAGCAAAGGGGAGAUCCAGUUUAACAACUACCAAGUGCGGUACCGGCCGGAGCUGGAUCUUGUACUGAGAGGGAUCACUUGUGACAUUAGGAGCAUGGAGAAGAUUGGUGUGGUCGGCAGGACAGGAGCUGGGAAGUCCUCCUUGACAAAUGGCCUCUUCAGAAUCCUCGAGGCUGCAGGUGGCCAGAUCAUCAUUGAUGGAGUAGAUAUUGCUUCCAUUGGGCUCCAUGACCUCCGAGAGAAGCUGACCAUCAUCCCCCAGGAUCCCAUCCUGUUCUCUGGAACCCUGAGGAUGAACCUAGACCCUUUUAACAACCACUCAGAUGAGGAGAUUUGGAAGGCCCUGGAGCUGGCUCACCUCAAAUCCUUUGUGUCUGGCCUGCAACUUGGGUUGUCUCAUGAAGUGACAGAGGCUGGUGACAACCUUAGCGUAGGACAGAGGCAGCUGCUGUGCCUGGCCCGGGCUCUGCUUCGGAAAUCCAAGAUUCUGAUCAUGGAUGAGGCCACCGCUGCCGUGGAUCUGGAGACUGAUCGCCUCAUCCAGACAACCAUCCAAAAGGAGUUCUCCCACUGCACCACCAUCACCAUCGCUCACAGGCUGCACACCAUCAUGGACAGUGACAAGAUAAUGGUCCUAGACAACGGGAAGAUUGUAGAGUAUAGCAGCCCUCAAGAACUGCUGAGAAAAUUGGGCCCCUUUUAUCUGAUGGCCAAAGAGGCUGGCAUUGAAAGUGUGGACAGUACAUCAUUCUGACAGUAGGUCCCACGGGUUGGGAAGGACUAG